AUGGCUACCAAAAAUGUGUUUAUCUCACUGGUGCUGAUCCCAUGCCUCUUGGCAAAUGCAACUGCAACGAGGGACCUUGUCGUCAAGUCGGAAUCUAAUGCCCCGGCGACGGCGGAAACUAGCGGCAAUGGAGGUCUAUUCAAUUGCUUUGUUGCACUGAUGGGGUUUCAAUUCUGCUCAAAUGAUAUUUUUCUUAUUCCAUUGAGAGGCCAUGCAAAUCUCAACCCCAUCUGCUGUCAUGCCAUCACCACCAUCGCAAAUAAGUGCUGGCCUUUCAUGCUUGCUUCCCUUGGUUUUGAUGCCAAGCAGGGAAGAACGUGCUGCAAAGUUGCUGUGAAGCAGUAG